CAAAUGUUACAACGUUAUGGUACAAUUUUUUUGUCCUCACUUCAAAAUUCUAGAGGAAAGUGAAAUAUUUUUAUAGGAUUUUUUCGCAUAAUCGUUACAUAUAAGUUUCUAAUCUAUAACUGUAUAUUGUGCCGUGCGUCCGUGAAAUAUUAAAACAAAAACAUUCACAUUGAAAAUGGCAUCGGAAAUUUUAACUUCUACAGAUAUUCGAGAGAAUUUGUUUCAGGUUACCACGGCAAUCAAAUUCCUUUCAAACCCUAACGUCCAACGAUGUACCAUGGAGAGCAAGGAGAGAUUUCUACGCAGCAAGGGUUUAACUGAUGCUGAAAUACUUAGAGCCAUAGAGAAAUGCGGAGAAGUUCUGGACGUGCCGUCUUUUGCUUCGGAGAUGAUGCUGUUCCACCAUUCGAGGAGGUCCUGGUUUAGGGAGAGGAUCGUGCCUCUUAUCGUUUACGGCGGAUUUAUAUAUGGCUGCUAUUGGUUUUAUAAGAACUGCAUCCGACACGUGUUGUUCGUGGAGCCGCCGAAGCGCAAAACCUCAGUGGAGUGCAUGGACGAGGUGAGGAAGUCCCUGGACGUGAUGAACGCGAGCAUAUCGUCCCUACGCGGCGAGCUGCAAGCAAGCGUCAAGCAGACCGCAAUGCGGACGCAACUUGACAGCUUGAAGGACGACAUCGCGUCGGUUAAAGGCAUCAUGCUCAAUAGAAAUCAAUUCCCCGCCCUCAAGACGAGAACGGAGCCGCCGUCAAUCCCUGCGUGGCAGCGACAGUCCGAAGAGGCGACCUCCACCGAAGUUGCCGAAGAGAAGAAGAAGCCCCACAGGAGUCGGAGCCAGCGCUCGGAAUCCGGCGGAUCUAACUCCAGCGAAGGGGAGCAGGCCACGAAAAAUAGCGACAGCAGUUUGGAAAUCAUAACAUGAAAACCCAUCGGAUCGCGAAGAAAUCUUGGAUACUGGUGUACAGUUAGUUGUUGGACGAUAUUAAUUUGUAUGGUUGUUUUACGUUAAUGCUCGUGAAUUCGGUAAAUCGUAUUUUAAUUGUAUAUGGCCGUAAUUACGAUUUAGUGUAACUUCUUUAGACGUGAUGGGCAUAGUAAGUUUAAACGGAAAAUAUUUAAUGGGGGGGGGGCGUUUGUAUAAACUGGUGACCCAAUAAUAUAUAAAAAAAAAUUGUCGGCGCGGGAUUAAAUUCGCGCGGACGUUUUUCGCAGUGAGGGCAAGCUCUUAAAAUAGCUAACGUUUUUUAUGUUCCUAUAAAACAAACCGGUAAGCUUUUGACAGCUUUUGGACAGAAAUAUAGGCUUUUAAAUAUUUUUUUUUACAUUAAUCUUUUACAGUUGCUAAGCAAGGCAAUGGUUUCAAUUACCUUGUACACAAAUAUAGCAAGACAGUGUUAUCGAUUAGGUUGUAAAACAAAUAUAUAAACUCAAUUAUAUGGACAGGUCUAAUUAGUGCUACUCUUUUCAAAGUCAACUUUGUGUAAAAGAUAGCAUCACUUUUCUAGUGUCAGUUUAGGUUAAACUGAAAUCCCACUUACUACUCGUAUGACAUUCGUCUCUAUUUUUUCAUUUAUCAUACCGCCAUAUUGGAUAUCUAUUAAAGUGUAACUCAUGAUAAAUAGACAUAAAUUAUUGAAACCCGAUCAUAAUCGGUUUAAUAGGAAGCGGCGAAUGUCGUUGAAAUGUUCAAAGUCGUUAUCGUCCUCGACACAUGUUGAUGGAAAUUAUCUUAUUCUAAAAAUAAAUGAAAUUAGAAAUGUUUUAUAUUAUAAAUUAUAAUCGGACACCACAGCUUUGCCAUGCAACUAUCGAUUUUGUGAAAGGCUUCUUUCAUCGACUAGUGAAUCUAUUCGAUUAUCCAAUACCGAAAAUUAGAAGAGCGCUCUAAUAGACUGAAAUCGCGCGGUAAACUUUUCUAUAAUGCUGAAAGUUUCUAGUAAGAUUGAUGGUUUUAUUGCAUAUUUGGUUUUUUCAUAAUACGGUAAGAGAGCGUUCAUUGUUGAUAAAAUGUUAAAAAAUAAAGAUCCUACAUUCGGAUUGCUAAAUCAACAAUAUUGCUUUGCCAUGCGCUCCAGUGAAUUAUUUUCAAAGAUUUUUAUAAAAAGAAUACACGUUGUGUUCAAUCUCAAAAAAAAAAAAAAAGGUUACAUCUUGCUAAAAAAAUAUUUUGACGAGUUGCCAGCUUUUUUUUAGUAAUGUUAGCAAUCGGUAUAGAAUAUAUUUCCGCUUUAAGUGUUCGUGCUUUAGUUGUACGAUACGUGCGUUAAAGUAAGUAUUUAAAGUCGUGGCGCACAUUUUAAACCCGAGCCGUAGGCAAGGGUUGUAAUAGCACCCAGAGUUUAAUUUUUCAAUGCACACUUGUAUCAUAUUUUUAAAUAUUCGUAAGUAAUUUCCAGCAGAAGUCCCUUUGACACUUUUACUGCAAAGCAUGCGGUGAUAGUUGGCUACAAUGUUUCUAUAACGAUGAUUCAAGAGCAAAUUACGUUCAAAUGUACAAAAAAAUGUUUAUCAUAUAAAACGCUAAGUUAGUGAAACCGAUAUUACACAAAUUUGUCAGUUUUUUAAACACUUUUAUUUAAAUGUUUUUACAGAAAAAAAUGUAUGGAUUUAAAGUUAAAUUUUACUUCUCAAAUUAAUCAUUUAAUUUAAAAUAUUGAAUAACGUAUAAUUUGUUUGUGUCGGUUGCGCUAAAAGGGUUGUAAUUUAAUGAUAUUAUAUAAAAAUUAUGUGACCGAAAAUGUCUUCAAAACCAUAACCUUUGUUGGGUUCUCUUCCAUAUUAAUUUUUAAGAAUGAAUGUACAAUGACAGUCGAAAGACAGAUACUAUAUACAUAUUAUGUAAAUAAUUAAAUAUAAUAUUUAAAGGUAUGAUUGAAUACCGAAUGGUUUUAUUCUUAACUUUAUCUUUAUCUACUUACUAUUUUCUCUCCGCGACUUCGUCUGCGUGGACAUCAGAAUUGUUUCUAAAGCUUCGUUCGUUAACAAUUUUUAAUCUUACUACGGGAACAAUUUGAGAGAUCGAUAUAGAAAUUACAUGUCCUUUUGAAAGGCUACAUGCAUGCCAAAUUUCAUUCAAAUCCGUUCAGUAACAAACAUCCACACUUUCACAUUUGUGAUAUUAUUAGGAUCAUCCUCAUUUUAUUAUGUCCGUAUUCCUCUUUCAAAUAAAAAGGUAUUUCUGGAAACUGGAACUCCACGCUGCACCAAUGCGAGUUGGUGGGCUCUAACUCUUUUAUCAUUCAAUAAUAGUGAUUGACGGACGGGCUCUCCAAGGGUAGGCAACGAUUUUUUUUUUUUAUUUCUUUACAAUUCUUCAAACUAGUCGAGGAGCCCAUUAAUCGAUUUCGGCUUAAACUAGUCGUGGGGCCGAAUUUACGGUUAUUGCUGGAACUGGUAUGGAAGCCGAAUAUUCGGUUUCGGCUGUCCGAAACCUAUGCAUUAAAACAUGAUUUUAAUUUAUUUAUAAUAUAUGAAAUGUAUUUAUACUAUAUAAUUUUGUUAGGCUUUU